AUUUCUUCCCUACUAUGCUAUCGCUCCCCUGUCCCCUUGGCUGUGCAGGCGUGCGUGUGCGAGGGCUCUCCGUCUGUCUGUGUCUGCCUGUCCGUACGCGCACACACGCGCACCUAUAUACAUAUACAUAUAUAUAUAUAUACACACACACACGCAUACGUGCGGCGUGCAAACACACACACACAUAAAUAUAAAUAUGUAAAAAUAAAUACACACAUAUAUAUAUGUAUAUAUAUAUAUUAUAUAUUUUAUUUUUUUUUAAUAUAUAUAUAUAUAUAUAUAUAUAUAUAUUUACGGCUCUCCGUAGCAAUCCAUCCAGGACUCUCUAUAUAUUUCCAUGCACAUGUCAAUCUCUUCCACUGCCUGCACUCCAUCUGGCAGCUUUGCACCAGGUUCUGUUGUUAUUGUCGAUGGUGGUUGGUGGUGUUUUCUUUUGCUUUUCGGUUUGUGCCUCCUGCCCUCCCUCCCGCUUCUCCCCACCCCCUUCUCCGACACUGCCACACUCUCCUCUUUCCUGAUAAUUGUGCAGAGAAUUUAUUAUUAUUAUUAUUAUUAUUAUUAUUAUUAUUAUUAUUACUGCUACUACUACUAUUAUUACAAUCGCUUGCUAAAUAUUUAUCAUUUAGCUGAUAUCCCCACUUCCCCCUGCGCGCGUGUGUAUGUGUGUGUGCGUGUGCGUGUUUUAGAUGUGGUUUUGUCUAUUGUUGGCAUGCGACCGGAGGGUGGGGGGAGAUACAUCUUUCUCCCGUACGAGAUGUGACUCCAUUCAGCUUCCUUCCCCCUCACCUCCUCCCCACCCCCUUUCCACCCCAUCAUUUCUUUUUAAACCUGCAAUACCUCUCGGUAGAGCCAUCUCUCAGGCUCAUUUUUCCCGAAAGAAAGAUGAAAGACGUGUAAUUAGAGAAAGAGGAAAGGGUGUGAAAAAGAUGGAAGGGAGAAAAGGGGGAAAAAAUAAAAGGGGAGGAAAUGUGCUACUCUAUCUUCGCUUCCCUGCGUUUCCCGGUGCCCCGGAGUGCGCUUCUGUGAGAGAUUUGGCCUUGUUUUCAUUCCAUGCGUUCAAAGGAAAGUUUGUGACUCAACCGUGUUUCUGUACUUCUGUCAUUUCUUUCUUCUUUUCUUUUUUCUUUUCUUUUUUUUUAAUGCCCUGCUCAUUUUAUUUCUUCAUCAAACUCCACCCUCUCCUUAAAGACUUCUUACUAAUCUCGAUUUAUAACCUCUUUACCGGUUCUUCUCAUUUUAGCAGCAUCCGCAGCCUGCAUCUGGCACGGGGUCCCCACUAUUUCCAACUGCUCUGCUGUUUUGAUUUUUUUUUCCUCCUCCUUUCCAAAAGUUGUCUGUGGUUUUCCUUGCGUUCAGACUCAUUCUCGUGUAGGGGGAUUUCCUGCCCUCUUUUCUCCUUGAAACACGUUCUCUCAGUUUAAAGUUUACUGUCCUUGUCGUUAAAGAUGUUCUAAAGACGUCACAUCAGCUAAAUAGUUGGUUCAGCAGGGAUUUUAAAAUUGUAUUUUAUAUGCCACAAGAAAAGGAAUUGAAUUAGGCUGCUCAGAUCUGAAAGAGCUCACAAAUAUGAUGGCUUCAUUGGUAGCUGCAGGUGCUGUUGGUAGGCACCUGGGAGAGUGCAGGCAAGCAAAUUUGUUUUAAAAAAGGAAGGAGGAGAAAAAAUAAACAAAAAAGUGAUAAUUGUGCAUGCAGUUAAAUGAAAAAUAUCUGCCAAGUUUGCAAGUAGAUUGAAGAGGGAGAGCUAGGCUGGAGGGCAGCAGGACAGAGGUCUGGCCCGGGUGGCAAGGAGGGCUCGUUGAGGAAGAAAAGAGAAAGUUGAGAAAAAUGUGGCAUGCGGAAACCUGAGUGAUUGCAUGUGCGGGUGUGUGCCAGCAAGUGUGUGCGGUUGUGAGGGGUGUCUGUGUGUGCAGGGCACAAGCCUGAGUAGCCAUAUCUUCCCCUGAAGUUAUAUUUGUUCAUUUGUUUACAUGGCAAGCGGCUGCAAACCCUGGCACUGAUGAAGUAAAACACAUGCACAACACUAAAAAAAAAAAAAAAAAAAAAAAAAACCAAAAAAAAAACCAAAACCAACUUUGGUCAGCUUUCGGGACUAGAGGCAUGCUUACGCUCUGUGUGGAGAUGGUUAAUGAAUCCAGUGUUUUUGCAGUUGCAAGCUUGUGCAUUCACUGUGCAACGCUGACUGCAGGCUUUUGCAGUGGCAACAGCUCACCAAAGAUAUUAAUUACACCGUCCCCUUUUUUUUCUACGAAUGUUUGGCUAUUCGGUUCAGCGAGGAAGAAUGCCGCCCACCCAACCCAACCCCGGCCAGUACGCGCUGACCAACGGCGACCCUCUGAACGGGCACUGCUAUCUCUCGGGAUACAUCUCCCUCCUGCUGCGGGCCGAGCCCUACCCCACCUCCCGCUACGGCAGCCAGUGCAUGCAGCCCAACAACAUCAUGGGCAUCGAGAACAUCUGCGAGCUGGCCGCCCGUCUGCUCUUCAGCGCCGUCGAGUGGGCCCGCAAUAUUCCCUUCUUCCCCGACCUGCAGAUCACCGACCAGGUGGCCUUGCUGCGGCUCACCUGGAGCGAGCUCUUCGUCCUCAAUGCUGCCCAGUGCUCCAUGCCCCUCCAUGUGGCCCCGCUCCUGGCCGCCGCCGGCCUCCACGCCUCCCCUAUGUCGGCAGACCGCGUUGUCGCCUUCAUGGACCACAUCCGCAUCUUCCAGGAACAGGUGGAGAAGCUGAAGGCUCUGCACGUCGAUUCGGCUGAAUACAGCUGCCUGAAAGCCAUCGUCCUCUUCACCUCAGACGCCUGCGGCCUAUCGGAUGCUGCGCACAUCGAGAGCCUCCAGGAGAAAUCACAGUGCGCGCUAGAGGAGUACGUUCGGAGCCAGUACCCCAACCAGCCGAGCCGCUUCGGGAAGCUGCUGCUGCGGCUGCCCUCCCUGCGCACCGUCUCCUCCUCCGUCAUCGAGCAGCUCUUCUUCGUCCGCUUGGUAGGUAAAACCCCCAUCGAAACCCUCAUCAGGGAUAUGCUACUGUCGGGGAGCAGCUUCAACUGGCCUUACAUGUCCAUCCAGUGCUCCUAGAGCCCAUCCCGCACCCCCGGCAGAGAGGCGGCGAAGCGGCGGAGAGGGGAACGCUCGCACCGAGGGGCAGUCGGGGUGCGGGGGGGGCCCGGGAGGUGGACACUGAACAAAAGAAAGGGCGAGUGGGAGCAGAGAUGUGGCCGUGGAGGCGAGAAGGACGGACCUGUCGUCCAUGGAGGUUGUGAUAUUUCGCCUUUUUUUUUUUUUGGCCUAUUUUGGUGGGGUCUUUUUGUUUGGGUUUUUUUUUGUUUUGUUUUGUUUGGUUUGGUUUUAUUGGGUUUUCGUUUUAUUUUGUUUUGUUUUGUUUUUUGUUUUGUUUUUGUUUCUGUUUUCUUUCGGAGAGGAGGAAAAAAAUAAAUAAAUAAUAUUAAUAAAAGAGACAAAAAAAAAUGAGUAUUGAGGGGAUAUUAAUCAAACCUGAAGGGGAUACUGGAUCUUCCAGGAUUUAUUGUGGACUGUUGUUGAUAUAUGCUGUACAGUAAACCAACAAAACAAAAAAAGCAUUGAAACUGAACUGAACCUUGUGUAGAAUAAAAAUAAAAACGCCCAAAACCAAGCAAACAACAACAAAAUUUCCAUGCGCAAAUACUUAUCAUGAACAUUGUUACUCCUUUUGUAAUAUAUUAGUCUUUAUUUUCAAUUUUGGUAAAAGUUAAAACAUCAUAUGCGCAUAAAGAAUAAAAAAGGAGAAUUAGGGGAAAAUAACAUUUUCCAAAUAAUUAUAAAAGAAUUGUCCUGUGUCUAUGUAUCUAUAUCUGUUUUGUAUUUUUUUCUGGUUCCAAACCAGGUUUCCUGUGAUUCUAUACUAAUAAUUUUUGAUAUAACCCUUUGCUUCUUAUAAUGAGUGCGAUAUAUGUUGUCAAAGCUGUUCUUCAAGAAUUAAAAUUGAAGUGAAAAUUUAAAAAAAAUAAAAGAAUUUAGCAAAAAAAACCCCCAAUUUAUCACCCCACAACCCAUGAGUCUUGUUGCUUGAAACAUGCCAACAACUCAAAAAAAAAAAAAAAGAAAAGAAAAAGCCCGAUAAACAAUAACAACAAAAAUCUCCCCACAUUUUUUAGUCCUUUACUGGUGCUAAAAAGGAGAACUUAAAAAGUACUUGGGAGGGGUAACCAAGUCGUGCAAACUACAGGAUGCUCCAAAAUUGACUUGACUGUAUAAGCUUAGGACUGAGCUGUCAAGGCCUAGAAAAAGGGAGCAGGAAUUGCAGUGUGAUGCCUUAGGUGACCUCACCUUGCUGGGACUGCACCACAAACUCUCUCCACCAAGGCUGAUGGGCCUAUCAGAUUGGCCUGCCCCUUUUUGAAAUACAUUUCCCACCACCUGGAUUUUCUGCUGAGUUCACACCUUGCUUUUUACUCUCAGACGCCGUGGGCAUGGAUUGAAGUCACCGCAUGCCAUCAACUUUACCUGUGCAGCAGGAGGCGUACUCUAGCCAUGGGUCCUGUUUGUUCCAGGCAUGAUGGCUUUCUGCUUAUGGGGGUUUGGCAUGGGGUUGACUUUUUUUGGUUUUAUCUUCUUUUCCACUCCAAGGACUCGCAGACCCCAAUAUGUGCUCCAGUGUGCAUGCCUUGUGCUUACUGUCAGCCAGAACAGAUCUCGAUUUUUUCCCAAAUCUAGUUGCUGUGUGUGGAAGGUAUUCCCACUCCACUAAUAUAGAAAUCCAGCUGGAUGCUUGCUCAUUGGGUGGUGUGCUAGUGCAUUUCAUGUAUGCUUAUGUGCCAUGGCCAUGCAAAAAACACAGGCUGUGACAUCCCACACCAUGGCCCACCCACUGCCAGAGCCUGAGCUCUGUGCCAAAAACCCCUUUUCAUUUCAGCUUGUCUUUUUCUCCCCAGAAAAUUAAAAAUUGUUUUUAUAAUGGAGCUCCUUUGAAGGUAAAGGCUUCUGGCUGGUGGUGCAGAUCUCUGUAACAGCUUUCAGUGCAUUAAUGUUUUAUAGGAUCUGAGACAGAGCUGUAAGAACACAUAACUACCAAGGGAGCUCUUUCUUAAUGUAUUAAUAAAGCUGGAUCUUUAAAAAUAACAUUGUCCCACUCACACAGACACCUCCUGUGCCCUCCAAACAAGUCUAGAUGAGGUAGACUUCACAGUUUAUGAAGACAUGGGCAGUGUUUUCCCUUUACUUUGCUAUCUUCCAUACUCUCCUCUUUCUCCUUCCCUCUCUCUCCUUUCCCUCUCUCUCCCUCAAUCUCUCCCAUCCUUUUUAAUUUCUUUUCAUUCUUUAUUUCUUUUUUUCCCUUUUUUCUUUCUUCAACAAAAUUCUUCAAUUCAACUCACUUGGGGUUUUUAAUAUUCUAGGCGCAGCAGAUCUGAGGUGAGAGCAGCUCUGUGCAGGAGACAGUUGUAGCUGGAUAAUCAAGAUUACGGGCAGAUCCUCUAUGGGGGUAUCACCCCAUUCAGGAUGGAGAAACGGCCUGUAUUCAUAGGUGCUGGGAGUAGGGGGACUUGGAUAAUUCCAGACCUGCACACAAGAACAGGGAUUUGGGAGUUAGACAGACAGACAGACAUCCUCCCUUUUGUCACUCACUUGGACACUGCAUGAGUGAGAGCUUUGUUCCUGCCCCUUCCGCGGGGCCUUCCCUGGAGAAAGGGAGUCCAGCAGCCCCUCCGAGCUCUCAACAGGGAGUGAGGGGGAGUGCUCAGACAUGGGAGGUGCUGAAAGAAGCAUUUUCAGCACUGCUUUAUGGUGGGAUGGGUGAUUUGGGACCCAGAUGAAUUAGCAGCUAAACAAAAAAAAAACCAAAAGAAAAACAACAACAACAAGAAGCCCAAAAAACCAAACCUGAACCCAAAAAACCCAAACCCACCGAAACGAACAAACACUCCAAAGCCAAAAAUAACAACAAAAACCAAACCAACAAAACAAAAAACCAGCCCCCCCCCCGCCCAACCUAAAAAUAAACAAAACACACGGGGAUAUCGGAAUAGAAAAACAGGUCUCAGUUUCUUCCAGUGAGAUGUAAAUAAAUUCAUUACGGUGUUAUCCAACUGAUGAAAACAGAUAAACUUUUUCGUAGAUAUUUUUCAAUUAAUUUUCAUAUUUAUGAAUAAUAAUAACCCACGGAUUGCCAAGAAACUUGCAGGUGUAGAGGAGGUGUACAAGAUGCACUUAUUUCCAUGUAUGUGCCUAGAAAGAAGUGUUUCAAUCCCUUAUUAAACUUUGCUUAUAAGA